AAACAACCGAGUCUUCUGAUUCUUUCUUACACCAUCAACUUUGUCAGUACCAUAUCUUCACACAUAACUCUGUUAAAUAAAUAAAAAAUCAGAGAAUGUCACAUAAUUCAAAAAACUAAACAAAGAUUUUAACAUACCAUGAUGUUAAACUACUUCAAUAUUUUGUUAUGUUGUAUGAUUUUAUUUUUCGGCCAGAUUAAUGGCCAAGCAUUUUUCUGCCCAAACACAACUUCUUACAGUCCCAACAGCACUUACAGCUCUAAUCUCAAAGCCCUCUUAUCAUCUUUGUCCUCUAAUUCUUCGAGGCCUAACGGAUUUUACAACUCCACAGAAGGUCAAGCUGGGUCCGAUAUAACGUAUGGCCUGUUUUUAUGCAGGGGAGACGUUUCCCCUGACGAUUGUCAAAAUUGCAUUUCAACAGUUGCUAAAGAAAUAAGCUCAGAAAAUUAUUGUCCCAACGGAAAAACUGCUGUCCUUUGGGUCGACCAAUGCCUAGUACGUUACUCAAAUGGACCUAUCUCUGGUACGUCGAGGAUUUAUCCUUGGUUUAAUACCCAGACUGUUAGUGAACCACAAAGGUUCUUGUCACUCAUUGGAAAUUUGACGGAUGAAUUAGCAACUAUGGCUGCAAAUGUAAAUAAUCGUUCGGGGAAAAAAUUUGCUGCUAAAGAAGCAAAUUUUUCGUCACUUGAGAGAGUUUAUACAUUUGCACAGUGCGUACCCGAUCUCUCUAAUUCGUCUUGUGAAAAUUGCCUGAGAACUGCCAGAGGGUAUUUGGCGAGUGGUGGUGCUAGAGGCGGUAGAGUUCUGGCUCCGAGUUGUACCGUUAGGUAUGAGUUGUACCCUUUUUACAACAUUACUGCAUUCGCGCCACCACCUGCACCACCAGUUCGUGGUUCUCCUCCACCUUCUUCGCCCGGUUCUACAGGCAGCGAUAGAGGAAAGGGGGGAAUUUCAUCUGGCGUAAUCGUUGCAAUAGUCGUUUCAAUUGCUGUUUCAAUUCUACUCUUCAUAUUUGGUUUCUGUUGGCUAAGACGUAGAGCAUCGCACGACUUCAAUGUUGUGGAAGAUACGAAAGAUGCAGAUGAAAUUUCAACAGCUGAAUCCUUGCAAUAUCAAUUGAACACUAUUCGAGCUGCCACGACUAACUUCUCAACCGACAACAAAAUUGGUGAAGGCGGAUUUGGUGUUGUCUACAAGGGUAAACUUCCUAAUGGACAAGAGAUAGCUGUGAAGAGGCUAUCGAGAAGUUCAGGGCAAGGCAUAGAAGAAUUUAAGAAUGAGAUCGUGUUGAUCGCCAAUCUUCAACACAGAAAUUUAGUGAGACUACUGGGAUAUUGCUUUGAAGGAGAGGAAAAGUUACUUGUCUAUGAAUUUGUCCCCAACAAAAGCCUCGACUAUUUCUUAUUCGAUCCUGAAAAACAGCAGCUACUGGAUUGGUCGAGACGUUACAGGAUUAUUGGAGGGAUUGUGCGUGGACUACUUUACCUUCAUGAGGAUUCUCGCCUAAGAAUUAUACACCGUGACCUCAAAGCAAGCAAUAUAUUGUUAGAUGCAGAAAUGAACCCCAAAAUAUCAGAUUUUGGAAUGGCAAGAAUAUUUGGAAUUGAUCAAAGUGAAGAAAUAACAAGCAGGAUUGUUGGAACAUAUGGUUACAUGUCACCGGAGUAUGCUAUGCACGGACAAUACUCUGUUAGAUCCGAUGUUUUCAGCUUUGGUGUUCUACUUUUAGAGAUCAUAAGUGGAAAGAAGAAUAGUACAUUUUACCAAUCAGAUGGUGCUGAAGAUCUUCUUAGCUAUGUUUGGAAGAAUUGGAGAGACGGCACGCCAUUGAACAUAAUGGAUCCAACAUUUGGAGAGUCAUACUCAAGAAAUGAAGUGAUACAGUGUAUACAUAUUGGAUUGUUAUGUGUUCAAGAAGAUGCUAACGAAAGACCUACGAUGGCAUCCGUGGUGCUCAUGCUUAAUAGUUACUCCGUCACCAUGCGAGUGCCUCAAGAACCUGGAUUCUUCUUUCACAGUCGAACAGAGAUACUACCGAAAGGGCUAGAGUCGGAUCAAUCUACAAGCAAGUCAAUUCCAUUGUCCAUCAAUGACGUAUCCAUUACAGAAUUAGAGCCAAGAUAGAUGGAUAUAAUGAUGGAGUUUUAAGUUUACCAUCUAGUGGGAACACCUACUGACACCGUGACACGGGUCAACUUAACCUGAUGGUGUAAGAAAUUCAUAUAAUGUCUUGUCUUCUAUAUGUAAUAUAGAGGAAUAAGGUGAUUGAAUACUUAAGUUUACCAUCUAGUGGGAACACCUACUGACACCGUGACACGGGUCAACUUAACCUGAUGGUGUAAGAAAUUCAUAUAAUGUCUUGUAUUCUAUAUGUAAUAUAGAGGAAUAAGGUGAUUGAAUACUAGCUAAGAGAGUUAUAUUCCCAAUUUCCCAUG